AUGUCUUCUCUUCCUCCUGUCUACAUCGUUUCCGCUGUCCGGACGCCUACGGGCCAGUUCUUGGGCUCACUUUCGAGUCUGAGUGCUACCCAGCUCGGUUCCCAUGCUAUCAAGGCUGCUGUUGAGCGCGCCGGCCUCAAGUCGGAAGAUGUUCAAGAGGUCUUCAUGGGCAACGUGCUCUCCGCCAACCUCGGCCAGAACCCCGCCCGCCAGUGUGCUCUCGGAGCAGGCCUCCCCGAGUCCGUCGUCUGCACCACCGUGAACAAGGUCUGCGCCUCCUCGAUCAAGGCCCUCAUCGUCGGCGCCCAAACCAUCAUCACCGGCAAUGCCGACAUCGUCGUCGCUGGAGGAGCCGAGAGCAUGUCCAACACCCCCCACUACCUCCCCAACCUCCGCACUGGCGCCAAGUUCGGUGAUCAGCCCCUCGUCGAUGGCCUGCUGAAGGACGGCCUCACCGACGCAUACAAGAACGAACAUAUGGGCGUGCAGGGAGAGGAGUGCGCCGAUGACCACGGCUUCAACCGCGAGCAGCAGGACGACUACGCCAUCCGCUCCUACAAGAAGGCCAACGCCGCUGCGGACGCCGGCUGGUUUAAGGAGGAGAUUGCUCCCAUUGAGGUUUCUGGCGGCCGCGGCAAGCCCGCGAAGGUCAUCGACCAGGACGAUGAGCCCAAGAACUUCAACGAGUCCAAGACCCGCACCCUCCGCCCCUCCUUCAAGCCCAAAGACGGCACCGUCACCGCCGCAAACGCCUCGCCCCUCUCCGAUGGCGCCGCCGCCCUCGUCCUCGUCUCCGAAGCCGCCCUCAAGCAGCACAACCUCAAGCCCAUCGGCAAGAUCCUCGGCUGGGGCGACGCAGCACAGAACCCCUCCAAGUUCACCACCGCACCUGCCCUCGCCAUACCCAAGGCCCUCAAGCACGCUGGCGUCGACCAGAGCGCCGUCGACGCUUUCGAGAUCAACGAGGCUUUCAGCGUUGUCGCUCUCGCCAACAUGAAGAUCCUCAACCUGAGCGAGGACAAGGUCAACCUGCACGGCGGCGCUGUUGCGCUCGGCCACGCGCUCGGUGCCUCGGGUGCACGUAUCACGACGACGCUGCUUGGUGUGCUGAGGGAGAAGAAGGGCAAGAUUGGGUGCGCUGGUAUUUGCAAUGGUGGUGGAGGUGCGUCGGCGAUUGUCGUAGAGUCGCUGGUGUAG